AUGUUGGACAUGUUGAAUGAAACCUUCAACAAAGAAGAAGACAACUCCAAGUCAAUUUCGGCUAUUGAAAAACAAUUAGAACAUAUAGCAGAACAAUUAAACCAACAACCUUCAGACAGUAUUUCAGACUCUACACAAGGGAAUGAGGUAAGUUUUCUCUGUAGUGAUAAAAUUGUGCAUAAAUCCACACCACCCGAACUAGAGCUUGUCAUGGAGGAUUAUGUAUCUUUAGAUGACCAGGAGACUGAGAGUAUGUUAGAAAGCAAACAAGCUGUAACUGAAUUGGAAAAUUAUAAUGAAGAGUUUCAUCUUUUAGAAGCAUCCAAAGUUGGGGAAGGGUCCGUGGAGGCUGGUAUCACGUCUUACCCAACAACUUUUAAAAAACCUGAACCGCAACUUCUUGAUAUGAUGGAUUCAAAAAAAACUAAACACAUACAAACAACCAAAUGUCAUCAUUGA